AAGGGCCUCCAGUCCUUCCGCCCAUUUGGGGAGUGAUUAAAGAAGCUGAGGUCGACUCCUUCUUACUCACUGGCAGUUACAACCUCGCAGCCACUCCAGCCUCAGCCUGCAGCGUGGACACAGUGAAGGAGAACAGAAGACCAUUCUCACGAGGUCUACUUACAGUUACCAUGUAUGAGGACUGCAUUGAGUCCACUGGGGACUAUUAUCUCCUCUGUGACACUGAGGGGGCAUGGGGCAUUGUUCUAGAGUCCCUGGCAGCAAUUGGCAUAGUGGUUACAAUUAUGUUACUCUUGGCAUUUCUCUUCCUCAUGCGAAGGGUUCAAGACUGCAGCCAGUGGAACGUCCUCCCCACGCAGUUCCUCUUCCUGCUGGGUGUGCUGGGGCUCUUUAGCCUUGCUUUUGCCUUCAUCAUCCAGCUCAACCAGCAAACUGCCCCUGUACGCUACUUUCUCUUUGGGGUUCUCUUUGCUCUCUGUUUCUCAUGCCUCUUGGCUCAUGCCUCCAACCUGGUGAAGCUGGUCCGGGGUAGAGUCUCCUUCUCUUGGACGACAAUUCUGUGCAUUGCUAUUGGUGUCAGCCUGUUGCAGACGAUCAUUGCCAUUGAGUACGUGACUCUCAUGAUGACCAGAGGUACGAAGUUUGUGCAUUUGACACCCUAUCAGCUCAAUGUGGACUUUGUUGUACUCCUGGUCUACGUCCUCUUCCUGAUGGCCCUCACGUUCUUUGUCUCCAAAGCCACUUUCUGUGGCCCAUGUGAGAAUUGGAAGCAGCAUGGAAGGUUCAUCUUCGUCACCGUGCUCAUCUCCAUCAUUAUCUGGGUGGUGUGGAUCUCCAUGCUCAUGAGAGGCAACCCACAGCUCCAGCGGCAGCCCCAGUGGGAUGACGCUGUCAUCUGCAUUGCCCUGGUCACCAAUGCUUGGGUUUUCCUGCUGCUGUACAUCGUACCCGAGCUCUGCAUUCUCUACAGAUCGUGUAAGCAGGAUUGCCCCGUACAAGGCGAUGCCUGUCCAGUCCCAGCCUACCAACGCAGCUUCAGAGCCGAGACCCAGGAACUCUCAAGAGCCCGAGACAGUGAUGGAGCUGAGGAGGAUGUAGCAUUAACUUCAUAUGGUACCCCCAUUCAGCUGCAGACUGUUAAUACCUCACAAGAGUAUUUCAUCCCACGGGCUAAGCUAAGCCCCCAGCAAGAUGCAGGAUUAUAAAAUCCACAGGAAGUAUGAGCAGUGAAAACCCAGAAGACCAUCCUAAAGUAGCCCCGAUGGGCCACUGGGGAGCCCACAGAGGUACACUGCCAGCCAAGCAUCGGCUCAUCCUUCCUACUCUGCCUCCUACUCCAUUCCAUCCAUCUGGACCCUUUAUCAGAAGACUUCCCUUUCAAGCGUAAUUACAGUCUUGCUGGCCACCCUACCUUGACUGGUGUCUCUUUCUUCAUUCAUGUAACUGAAUGCUUCCCUUCCCUAGCAAUGCUAGAACAAUUUGGUGCCUCUUAUUAAUGUUGCCAAAAGACCUUGGUCUGAAGAAAUUAGGGUCGUGCUAAGGUGAAAAACUUUAGAGAUUGAUGGCAACUUACUACUGAAUUAAUCCUCUUGUCAUUUUUUAUAAAGGGCUCCUAUAUAUGAUUGACCCAGAAUUUGCAAUAAAAUUUAUAACAGAAUCAUCAGGAUCCCCACAGUUGGGCAAUUUAAGUAAUACGGACAUUUCCUGGACUUGCAAGCUGGCAGGCUUUCUCCCAGGGUGUUAGCACCCCCUGACAGUGGGUAUGGUGGCAGAUGUGGCUAAGCUCAGUGACCUGCUUUGAUGAACUAAUAAUAGCAAAGGAGGACCAUCCCAGUUGAUGCUCAUAAAGGAUUUUUAGAUGGGGCACAUAAAAAGCAGAGUCUGCCUGUCUUGAUGUUUCUAAUGAACUGACGCCUCUGCAUUAAUGACCUUGCCUUCAUUCUUCAUGCAGCCCCACAUCCUUCCCAAUGGAUUCAUCUGUCCUUAACACCCAUUUGUUAUAUGUAAUAGGUAUGACAGGACCAGAGUCAGAGGUGUGCAACCAAAAGCAUUCUUAGGAUCUAAUUCAAUCUGCUUAUCUCACAGAUGAGAAAACAGGACCUUGGGGAAAUGGAAUGACUUGACCCAAGCCACAUGGCAGUUAAUGGUGGGCCAGGUCUUCCGACUUGUCGGCCACUCCUCUUUCCACUCUAUGAGGCUUCUCUAUGCCUGUAUCUCUAUAUUAACAAGUAAGGUGUGCACCCCCUGAGAACAAAAUGUGAUAUUUCAGACCAGUGAGUGUUGAGCUCCUGCUACAUGAAAGCACUUUGAAAAAUAGCUAAGGCUCUCUGCAUGGAAGGGAGCCUUUUUAAGGAUCAAUGUACAGCAUGGCUUGUUCAAUAGCAAUGAAUAUUUCCUGAGCAUCGGCAAGCAACCAAGAACUGUUCUCAGACGCAGCCCUGGUCAGACAAGGCAGACACCGUGGCUUUGGUGGAGCUUAGGUUUUUGUGGGUGAGAUAACCCAAUGGAGAGAAUUUGAGGAACACAGCUCCCUUUUACAGAUGAGGAAAGGGACUUGCCAAGGAUAAUAUGGCUUGUUAGUGGCACAACCAACUAGAAUCUAGGUCCCCAAGCACUCAUCUUUUACACCAUGUUCCAAUGUUUUCAGAUAUUUUUCUGCUACACUCAAAUGAUCUGCUCCUUUUUGAAAUCUGUGCCCUAAGCAAUGUUCUUAGCACAAACCAGUGCCUACGUAAAUGACCAAAGAGUUUCACCUUCUGCCCUCAUUGGUAAUUAAAAAUUGAGAGAAAAUGUUUAAAUAUUAUGACUCUGACCUAUCAAUUAGGCGGCAUACUUUUUAACAAACCACAUAAAGAACCUAAUUUGAGAGUGAUGAAAAUAAGAAGUUUUCAUAUAUUGGGGUAUAUGGGGAAGCCAUUCUGGUUUAAAUCUGAUUUGGCCUAAAACUUGUUUUUCCCAGAGCAGCCUGACUUAUGGUCCACCAAACACGCAGUGUCCAUCUGCUUCGAACACUCUCUCAAGGUAAAGAAUGCACUCUUUAAAGACAGCGAGGAUGUCUCCUUCUCUCUGACAUUGAUACUAGUACUUCUUUAAAAAUAAGCUUUCCUUCCCAGAGAACUAAGGUCAAGUUGACCUGCUGUGUAUGUGCAAAACAUCUCCUUGUAAUUUGGGGGGAAAAAAUUGUAUUCCUAUCAUGCUUGAUGUAUGUUUUCCGUUCCGAAAUGGCACAUAAUCAUGCUGUAAGCAGCACUUUCCCAGAGUGCUUUCUGCUCCAGGGAAGAAAGCGCUUCCAGGCUCGCCCUUACAAUUAGGCUCAACAAACAUCACUCUCUCUUCCUAUCUGUAGAUUGGUUAUUGAUUUUUUUGCAUCCACAAGAGGGAGCAUCAAACCAUGCACCCUUACAUCUGCCCUGGAAGAAAACCAGCAUCACUAAUGCUCCUAGUUUUUAUUCCAAAAAUGACGAUGACAACGUAAUUUUGUUUUGUUUUGCAGGCAGGAGAUAUUUCUGUUGAGUCAGCUGACAGAUUUUAAUAAACCCAUUGAAGCAAUA